UUGAAUUUUUKACCAAAACUUGUUGACUACAUUUUUGUUAACUAUGUAGAUAAAAACAUUAAUAACAAAAUGGUGGUCAACGACUUAUUCUCAUUUGUUUAACUUUAAAUGUAUGGUUUGCCAGUAAAUUUAUAUGUCUUAUUGAGUAAAACUCAACGAUUCACUAUUAAAUAUUCAAAUACUCAUCACCAUGAUGAAGACUUACAAAUUAACCGUUCAUCAAAAGGCUUUCAGUAGUUCAGAACUUAUUGUCAAUAUUAAAGACUUUCCGAAAGCAAUCAUAGGUGAUAUUGUAGAAGUUUAUCAUUCAGACUCUGAACAAAAUAAGUUGUUGCUACAAAUUAUGGCGUUUAAAGAUGAUUUACAAAGUAAAGUAGAACCUCAAUUAUCCGAACUAAUUGGGACCAUACCAAGUUUGUAUUGGCAAAAAUUCGGAUAGCAAAAAUUAAAAAUG